AUAAUUUUCCAUAAUAGAAUUGCCCUUAGAGCUAGUGAGAGAGAGAGAGAGAGCAGCAGGGAAAAAGUUGGUUAGAGACUUACAGGUGGAAUUGUCGAAAGGGGGUUAUAAUUUCAUCCCAAGAACUUGCAAUUGCAAUUCCGAUACCUCUCUUUCCAACUACUCCUUCAACUACAGAUUUUCUUCCCAAAAUUGGUAACCGCUCGUUACUCGCCAGCAAGAACAACAAGAGAGCACAAAAAAGAAACUCUGAAAGAAAACCUCAACGAUCAUGAUAAUGCCUUCCGAUUCCGAUUGAUUUUCAUCUCCCGCAUUCAAUUUUUAUGAUGCUUUGUUGUUCAUUCUGUUUCAAUUUCAGAGAUCGUGUACAGCCAUGGAUUCGCGAUUACGAUAGCCUUCAGUCUUUCGCUGUUAUCCUCAUUUACAUUCAGAUUGGUUGCGCGUUGUUGGGAUCCUUGGGAGCAUCGUACAAUGGUGUGUCGCUUAUAAAUCUUGCGAUUUCGUUGUUUGCGUUGGUUGCAAUUGAGAGUAGUAGUCAGAGUCUUGGCCGUACCUAUGCUUUCCUUCUCUUUUGCUCUAUUUUGCUGGAUAUUUCUUGGUUCAUUCUCUUCACUCGCGAAAUUUGGAAUAUUUCUUCGGACGGUUAUGCAAAGUUUUUUAUAUUUUCUGUGAAACUUACCUUGGCUAUGCAAAUUGUUGGCUUUAUAGUGAGGCUAUCAUCCUCAUUGUUAUGGAUUCAAAUUUAUAGGCUGGGUGCAUCCUACAUGGACACAGCUUCUCGAGCAGCAGACUAUGACUUACGAAGUAGUUUUUUGAGUCCUGCGACACCUGCAGUAGCGAGGCAAUGCUCAAAUUCCAAUGAGAUACUUGGCGGCUCUAUAUAUGAUCCGGCAUACUACUCAUCCCUGUUUGAAGAUAAUCAAGAAAACAAAUCUACAUGCGGGACGCCCUAUCAUGACAAUGCCCAGAAUGGGUCAACAUCAGCCACUGGAAUUUCUCAGAAGAUAUCCACCGAGAGAUCUUUUCAGGCUGUGAAUGUAGGAAGAGAAUGUAUAAAUCACAAGAUGGAACUUGCUUAAAAUAGAGACCGAAAUGCAUUACUUUCACUUCUGUAUUGAUAUGCAGCAGCUUGGGAGUGGGUAUUGUAUCAUAUGCAUCUGUUGACAAACUUCUCAUUGUAAAUGUUUUGGCACAAAAGAUAGGCAUGCCACUGGUGCAUUCUACGACGAAAAUGACAUCCAAGGUCUUUCCUUCAAUCCAAUAUGUGGAAACUCCAAAAUAUUUGAUGACCACUGCCUAUCUAAUAUGUCCGAAGUUGAGCUUAAGAAACCAAUAUAUACGUUUUUGACAGAUCUGCAUACGAGCAAGCAGUUUGGAAUGCUGCAUGUAGGUGGAAAAUAUGCCUAGAAUUUGUUCCGGGGUUUUUCUUGCCUUUUUCUUCUGCAGUAAUUUUAGGAGUCUAGUUAGUGAAUCCAUAGUCAAGAGGGGGGCUUUUUUUCAUUUUUUUAUUUUUUAGAACUAUACCAUGAGGAUAUAUAUGAUAUUAAAGGUGCUAUGAAAUCAGUUAGUGUUCAUAUUGAAUUGAAUAGCAAGCGUAGUAAUUUUGAAUAUGUUACAUUUACUAGUCAA